AUAUAAGCACUGGCUUUUCCAACCCCAAGUUAGUCCGCCGUGAAACUCGCCAAGGGAUGGCCAGUUUUCCUUGAAAACGAAACUUUUUACGCGACAACAAUUUCCCGACAUGAAAGUAAUAAUGAAGACAACAACAACAAGAGUUUCUCCGAUGGAUUCUCGUAUCGAAAAAUGUGCCACAUUAAAUGGACAACGACUAAUAGAAUUCCGGCUCGGCGCCGAGGGAGAGUCAGAUCAAGGCCUCUCUGUUGCGGAGGCUGAGCUGAUGGUACGGGCUGAGACAGCGCCACGCUCACGCCGACUUCGUUACACGCUAUGGGCGUUUACGGUUUAUGGAAAUAUGAGUGUUGGUGAACUCGCCGGUGCAACUGAAGUGGGAGGUAAGACUGGUGGUCGAGGAUGGCAGAAAAUCGACGUGACAUCGGCGGCUCGUCGCUGGGCCAACAGCGGUGCAAGCGAACCGCUUCGCAUAUUGCUGGAUUGCAGCGGGUGUGCGGGCCGGGUGCGGCUGCGGCUGGGCGGUGCGGCGGCGGCUCGGCCGCUGCUGCGGCUGCGGCUCGCGCCCCGCGCUCCGCGACGACGGCGCGCGCUCGACUGCGACGACGCAGCCCACGGCCGCUGUUGUCGUCAAACUUAUUACGUGAGCUUCCGCGCACUCGGGUGGGACGACUGGAUCGUUGCGCCUGAGGGAUAUUAUGCCAACUACUGUCGCGGAGCAUGCGAUCCUUUCCUCAAUUAUCAUUCUCAGGUGGUAGAAGCAGCACGUCUCGAACGGGCCGCGUGCUGUGCCCCCGUGCGCUUCUCUGCGCUUUCGCUCAUCUACUUCGGCGCUGACUCCAAUAUCAUCAAACGCGACCUCCCGGAGAUGGUGGUCGAAGAGUGCGACUGCCCGUAGCGGCCUGUACAUAGCCUCCGCUGCGCCGCUCGCUGCGCCCCCGCCCGCUCCCCGCCGCUUCCCCGCGGCAUGCUUACGCCGCUCGAAUCUGAUUUAAUCCGAAUCGAUUAUAAAUAAUAUUCUCGACUUGUGUAAAAUUUUGUUCCUCGCGUUCAAAGACUAUAUCCUAAAACAAAAGUCGGUGAACUGUAAGCGACUCGUGUCUCCAAGUGUCGCCUGCUGAUAGACUUUGUAACACGUCCCUUGAUAUAUCUCUUGGUAGGCACCGUUGAGUUUAGCAGUAAACAGCAACAUGCCAAAUUGCCUUAACCUUGUUGAUGUAUGAUCGGCGCGUUUCGCACGCAUGUUUGAAGACGCGACUCGUGUACAGGUUGCCUAAAUAAUUUAAUAUGCCGUUUUCUUUCACCCCGUUUGGUGAUCGCUUGUAAUUAUUGUAAACUGUAUUAUAAUAAUUAUUAUAAUUAUAAUUAUAAUAAAUCAACUUUUUCAUAAUUA